UUAGAAUUAGAUCUAGUGUUCGAAGACGAACAACAAUUUGCUGCGGUUUUGCCUGUUAUUGUAGAUGUCUUUUCUCAAAGCUUUACCAUGACGUCGCAUGCUGAUAUGACUGGGAGCGUGAUGGGGACCGUUGCAGACCAAGAGAUUGCCAAUCUCUCCAGUAAGCUGAGCCAGGUCAGUGAUAAGUUCAUCAACCAAUGGACCGGCGUAAACCUUCUCCAGCAUCUAAAGCACAAUGAAGGACAACUACGACAGUUCAUCAAACAAGCGGAAGAUCAAAUUGAAAGUCUGAAAGGAGAAAUGGUAGCAUUAAAACAGCAAGCUUCCAGCAGUCAGUUAGCUGUGGCAAAUCAAGAGUCCCAAGCCAGGGACAUUGAGAAGGCUAUUGAACAAGCCCGGACUACAACGGAGCAGCUACUCUUCCAGAAAGAGCAAUGGGAAAAACAGCUGGUGGAAGAGACUAAGCAGUGCGGAGAGCAGAAAGAAUUGAUUGAAGCCCAAGAGCGAGCAACCAGACAGAGGCUUGAAGCACUGAAUAAAGCUGAGCAUUACUUCAAGGACAUCAUGGCUUUAGAGUUCAGGAAGAUUGAUGGUGAUCAUCUACAGUUUGUCUUCACUAACGUGGACUCUAAGAACCAUGAUAGGAGCUUCUAUCUGACGAUCAAAAUUGAUAACAGCCAAUAUCAAGUGACCGACUGCUGCCCAGCUAUAGAUGGCAUUCCAGAGAUGGUCGCAGGGCUCAACAAGUCCAAUAACCUCAUGAAGUUUGUCGUAGAAGCGAGGAAAAAGUUCAAGCUUACAACGACUUGAAAUCAGCAUUGGAUUCUUUCAUUCACAUCGUAACGAAAGAAUGGUGAAUCGUAUUUAUAUUUUCACCACAUAACAUAUGUUUUAGAAAAUAUCUAAUUUUAUAGAUACUCUAAUAACUUCUCAUAUGAUUUCUUUUUUCUUCAAGAAAUGUUCAAAAAUAAAAAAAAUUAUAUGCCUAUUUGGAUUUGCCUGUACUGGUGUUGCUGGUAUGACCAGCUGUCAACAAUAAUUUAUUUAAACCUGAAGUGAUAAUUCCUUUCAAUUGCAGAAUAAUUUUUUUUGUAAUGAAUUAAAUAAACAGAUUGAAUGUACACACACUUGAGUUAUAUUUAAUCACUAUUCACAUAUGCACCAACACUGCUUUCUUAUAGAGACUUGAAAAAUUAUUUUCUAUACUUGAAGAGGAUAACAGAAGCUGGCGAGUCUUUGCCUACAGAUUACAAAUUGUGUGUCCUUUUUUGUAGAAUGAAACACAUCUAAUGCAUAUACAUGUAUAUGUUUUUGUGUGUUUCUGUAAUUAAAAGACUAAGAUUUAAUGUAGUCAAACUUGUUGGCCAAAAUCACGAGACCACAAUAUUGAAUAACCUUGGGUCGAUCUUUUUUAUAUAUUC